AUGUUUUGUUUCCUAUUUUCAGCAACAGCUCCAGGCAUACGUGGCCUGGGUGAAUUCCCAGCUGAAGAAGAAGCCAACGGUGAAGCCAGUCCAGGACCUGAGACAGGAUCUGCGGGAUGGAGUCACUCUGGCUCUGCUCAUUGAGAUUGUAGCUGGUGAGAAGCUCAGUGGCAUCGAGGCCAACCCCACCAGCCAGCAGGAGAUGAGGGAAAAUGUGGAGAAAGUCUUACAGUUUGUGGCAUCCAAGAAGAUCCGCAUGCACCAGACAUCAGCUAAAG